CGGUUGUCAGCUGAAAAUUAAGCAGUUGAACCAAGUUGAACCACAAGCAGUUCGACACCAGGUUCGGCACAAGUUCGAUAACAUUCAAUAACAGUUCGUACCUGAAUAAAGUCAGGUUUUUUACAUCUCUACGUGUUGACUACCUUUUCUAAUCUCCAAUAAUAUUGUUUUUGCUAAAAUAACCGCGAAACGACUUACCUCGUCAAUUAAUGGAGAUUAAACUUUAAAAUUGAAUGCGAUAAACGUGCAAUAAAGAUAAACAUUUAACGAAUAGCUGUAUAGUAGAGACAAAUUUUUAUUAAGUUUUACGAAAAUGAUUUCCGUAAGUGAUACACGUUUUGUAACGUUCCUCUUUAUUUCGGUUGUGAUACCAUUUAGUACCAGUUCUUGGUUGGAUGAAUUGAAAAGAACUGAUGAUAAUAAAUGGCAAGGAAAGUGGUUUCCGAUGCCUCCAAAUCAAAAAAAUGAUACCAAUCCAAUUGUUAGUUUAGAAGAGUUACAUGAUGAUAAACAUGGAAUUAAGAUGGGUGUAUCAUCCGCUAAUUGUGAUAAUGCACAGGUUAAUUUAGAGGUUGAUUGGCUUGAUGAUGCCACAAAUUACACUUGUUAUGAAAACAAGCAGUCCUUUUUACCCAAUGAAAAUGUUCGUGCUUUAUUUUCACAAGAUUACAUUCCAAAGGAAUAUAGUGCUCCACAUAAAUGCAUGACGGAGAGUAUAAAUUACAGCCAUUAUAUUCCAACUUUCGGUGCUCAUAGACCAUUGUGGGCAAAAUACGGCGAAUACGAAUUUGUUCCAAAACAACGUUGGCUUCAUAACCUUGAACAUGGAGCUAUUGUAAUGUUAUAUCAUCCUUGUGCCAAUUAUCAAGAAGUAAAUUAUUUAAAAGAUAUCGUAACGACGUGUUUAUAUCGACAUGUAAUCACACCUUAUAAUUUAUUAACACAAGAAAGACCUUUAGCCUUGGUCUCUUGGGGACGUCGAUUAGAAAUGUCGAUGGUCGAUCCAAAAAUUGUGAUUAACUUCAUAAAAACUUUUGCAAAACAUGGUCCCGAACGCACUCAUAAAGAUGGACAAUACGGAUAUAGAUUGUUAAAAGCUUCUGAGCCACCAUUGGAUGUUUCAGAUUCGAUUGUAUGUGCUCGUUUUCAAGAUGCCGAAAUGUAAAUAAGAACAUUUAUUUUGAAAAUAAUCAACGAAAAGAGGACUUAAAAAGUUUCUUUUUUACACAACGACCAAAAAAAACUAUUUGCAGAAACCUAAUUGUAGUAUUAAAGGCUUAAGUAAACCUGUGAUUGUAAACACUGAAGUUAAUAUAUCUUAUAUGUUGAGCAUUA